AUGUACGUGAGCUACCUCCUGGACAAGGACGUGAGCAUGUACCCCAGCUCCGUGCGCCACUCGGGCGGCCUCAACCUGGCCCCGCAGAACUUCGUCAGCCCCCCGCAGUACCCGGACUACGGCGGCUACCAUGUGGCGGCUGCGGCCGCGGCGGCCGCCAACCUGGACAGCGCGCAGUCCCCGGGGCCCUCCUGGCCCGCCGCCUACGGGGCUCCGCUGCGAGAGGACUGGAACGGCUACGCGCCGGGGGGCGCCGCGGCCGCAGCCACCGCCGUGGCGCACGGCCUCAACGGGGGCUCGCCGGCCUCAGCCAUGGGCUACAGCAGCCCCGCCGACUACCACCCGCACCACCACCCGCACCACCACCCGCACCACCCGGCCGCCGCGCCCUCCUGCGCCACCGGCUUGCUGCAGACCCUGAACCCCGGCCCUCCGGGGCCCGCAGCCACGGCCGCCGCAGAGCAGCUGUCCCCCGGCGGCCAGCGGCGGAACCUGUGCGAGUGGAUGCGGAAGCCCGCGCAGCCGUCCCUCGGGAGCCAAGUGAAAACCAGGACGAAAGACAAAUACCGAGUGGUGUACACGGAUCACCAGCGGCUGGAGCUAGAGAAGGAGUUUCACUACAGUCGUUACAUCACCAUCCGGAGGAAAGCUGAGCUGGCCGCCACCUUGGGGCUCUCCGAGAGGCAGGUUAAAAUUUGGUUUCAGAACCGCAGAGCCAAGGAAAGGAAAAUCAACAAGAAGAAGUUGCAGCAGCAGCAGCAACAGCAGCCGCCCCCGCAAGCCCCACCGCCUGCACCGCAGCCUCCCCAGCCCCAGCCGGGUCCUCUGAGAAGCGUCCCGGAGUCCCUGAGUCCCGUGUCCGCCCUGCAGGGCUCGGUGCCUGGCUCUGUCCCCGGGGUUCUGGGGCCAGCGGCGGGGGUGUUAAACCCUACUGUCACCCAAUGA